AUGUUCUCACUAUACGGCUCCCUACACGAACGCUACCUAUCCAACCUGAAUCGCGACGAUAAAAAAUGGAUCAACCCUUCCGUGCACGGCGUCCUCUGCAUCCAAGGCAAUUCACCAACGCGCACAUCUUUUGAUUCAUCAGACUCGAUAAAUGGCACACCAGAGGCAAUCGAUACGCCACAAGAAGAAUCCCGAGCCAUCCCAUCCCUAGCUGGCCUCUCCCUGCAAUCCUCAUACGCUUCCAACAUUGGCGAAGAGACACGCAACGAUGUGCGUCAGUUAGACACGCAGAUUCGAAAUCUGGCGUCAGAGAGAUAUAAUAACGGGCACGAGAGUACGAGACUUGCUUCUAUGACGACGUAUGAUACGUUGAAUAGAGACCAUCUAUUAACACACCGAGGAAACAUCCCACAUGUGCAUGAUCGUGAAAUCAGAUUCGGGAUACGAAAUGAUAAUUUCGGACAUGCUAGGCUACCGAGAGAUGCGACGUGGGCUGUACCGAGUGAGACUAAUUUAGAAGAGUUACGGAGACAGGAGAAGAGGUUGCUGAUUGAGUUGUGGGCGCAACAAUGGGAAAGCUGUCGACCUCCUCAGACGAAAUGGUAUGAAAUGGCUAGUUCGCAGUUCAGUGAUGAGCUGAGGAGGAAUCGGUCGAUGCUUUGUGAUCCUGUGUAUCGCCAACGAGAAUCUGAAACCAGAUCCAAAAUCUUGGACAUGCAUCGAACAUUGCAAGCAGAGACAAAUCUGUUUCCACAGUAG